AUGGAAUCAGGAUCACAAAUCUUUCUUCCAUAUAAAUCAGUUGGUUAUGUCAGUUCAGGUGUACCAUUUAAAUUAAGAGCUGAAAAAUUGCAUUAUUCAAUUAUGUUAGCCAUUGGGAAUUCUUUUCAAUUAUUAAAUUCAAUUAAAUUAUUUCCAAGAAUGGUAUCAAAUAGUCAAGAAGGUAAAAUUAGAGAUAUGUCAUUUUAUAAGAAAGAUCAUUUUUUGACAACAUGUAAAAAAGAUAUUAUAUUAUGGAAAGGUCAAUAUGAAGAAUUUAGAUUUAGAGGACAUUCAUCAAAGGUUAUUAAAUUGAUGGUAUUUGAUAAUAUAUUAUUUUCAUUGGCAAAAAACAAUGAACUGAUUAUGUGGGAUGUUGAUUCACGUUUAAUUUUUAAAGAACAAUUACCAGAAUUUAAUGCAAAAACUCAUCGUAUAACAGAGAUUGUCCAUCCACUUGGAUAUUAUAAUAAAAUUUUAAUUGGAUUUGAAAGUGGUGAAGCACAAAUUUGGAAUAUUAAAACAAAGAAAUUAAUAUUUACAUUCAAUUUAGUAAAGGAUAAUAAAAACAUUAAAGAUAAAAUCACCUCAUUUCAACAGUCACCAGUUUCAGAUAUAAUUGCAAUUGGUUUUUCAGAUGGUAAUGUUAUCAUUCACAAUUUGAAAUUGAAUAAAACAGUAUUAAGUUUUCAACAAAGAGGUUCAGUUUCAUCGAUUUCCUUUAGAAGUGACGGUCAAAAGCAACAUGUUGCCACAAGUAGCCAUAGUGGUGAUAUAUUAAUUUGGGAUCUUGAAAAGAAUAAACCUUUCCAUACAUUGAAAGCACAUGAUAGUGAAUGUACAAAAGUUGAAUUCCUAAGGGAAGAACCAAUCAUUUGCACCACCGGUAACGAUAAUUCAAUAAAGAUGUGGCAAUUCAACGGUGUAGAUGGUGUACCAAUUCUCUUAAGAGAACGUACCGGUCAUUUAGAUCCACCAAAAUCAAGCGAAUUCUUUGGCGAUGAACAAGAGAACUCAGUGAUUUCAAUCUCUGAUCAAUCAAUUCGUUACGUUUCAAUUGUUGCCUCCACUUUUAAUAAAGAAUUAUCAAAAAAGAAUUUCAAAAAAGAAAUGACUCCAUUUAGUGGUUUCUCUACAAACUUUCGUAGAAAUCGUAGUUGGGAAACUGCAGUUUCAAUUCAUGAAGAUUCAAAACAUGCUUUCACUUGGGAUUGUUCAAGUUAUUCCAUAAAUAAGAAAUUAAAUAUUCAAGAACCAAUUAGUUCAACUAAAAUUUCAACUUGUGGUAAUUUUGUUUUCUUUGGUACUGUUUAUGGUAAUCUAUUGAAAUUCAAUAUUCAAUCUGGUAUUAAACGUGCUAAAAUUUUACCAAAUAUUCAAAAAACUUCAAUAACAAGUAUAAUAGUUGAACCAACUAAUCAAUUUAUAAUUACAAGUGGUUUAGAUUCAAUUAUAAAUUAUUGGGAUUUUAAUGAUUUAAAAUAUUUAUAUUCAAUUGAUAUUAAUAAUACCAAUACAAAUAAUAAGGAAAAUCAAGAUAACAAUAACAAUGACAAUAAAAAAAGUAAAAUUAGAAUUUCAAAAAUGUUAUUACAUAGUGAAUCUGGUAUAUUUGCAGUGGUUUCAAAUGAUGAUAAAAUUAGAUUAUAUGAUAUUGAUACACGUAAAUUAGUUAGAUAUUUCAAUGUUAAAGGUAAUGUUAAUAGUAUUGUUUUUAGUCAUGAUGGUCGUUGGAUUAUUGCAAGUACUCAAGUUGAUUCGGUCGUUCGUGUACUUGAUAUUCCAUCUGGUAAAAUGAUUGAUUGGUUCAAAAUGCCAAAACCAGUAACAAGUUUAUCAUUCUCUCCAAAAGGUGAAUAUUUAGUUACAACUCAUUCCGGACAAUUACCAAUUUAUCUUUGGAGUAAUCAAUCUCAUUUCGGUUCAGUUUUCCUUAAAACUCCACCUCAAAUUCCAAAUACAAUCAUUUUACCUUCACAAGUUAUUGAAAUUUCACCAAUUCAAGAAUCAUCUAAUAAUAAACAAAAAAGUUCAACUAAAAAAUUAAAAGAAAAAGAACAACAUGAACAAGAUGAAGAAUUUGAAAUUCAACAAGAUUUAGGUUUACCUGAAGAAUUUGAUGAAGAAAUGGAAGAUAAUCAAGUUGAUAAUAAUGAUAAUGAUGCUGAUGAUAAUAAAAAAUCAACUAUUAAACAAAUUGAUCAAUUAAUUACAUUAUCAAGUGAUGUUGCAAAAAGCAAAUGGCAAUCACUCUUAAAUUUAGAUAUCAUUAAAGAAAGGAAUAGACCAAUUCAACAAAAUGAAAAACCAGCUUUAGCACCUUUCUUUUUAUCAACUAUUCAAGGUUUAGAACCAAAAUUCGCUAAAAUUGAUGUUGUUAAUCCUUUAACUAUUAAAACUGCUGUCUCAACUGGUGGUGGUGGUAGUGCAAAUACAACUGGUUCAACUGAUGAUAAUGAAAAUAAUGGUGAACCAACUGAAGAAGAAUUAAAAGGUUGGGAUAAUUGGGCUGGUGCUGAUGAUGAAGAAAAUGAUGAUGACGAUGAUGAUGAAGACAACGAAAAUGAUGAUCAAGAUGAAGAUAGUGAAGAUGAUGAAGAUGAAGGUGAUGAAGACCUUGAAAAAACUACUGAAACUUUCAAAAAUGAGAAAGAAAUUUAUAGAUCAGACAAAGUUAUUAAAACUGAUUCACUUCAAGGUACAAGAACUAAUUUUAAUUUAUCAUUAGAAAAUGGUUAUAUAACUCAAAAUUAUUCAGAAAGUUUAAGAAUAUUAAAAUCAUUAACCCCAUCUGGUAUUGAUUUUGAAAUUAGAACAUUAACAACAGCUGAUGAUUAUGCUGAUAUUCAUUAUAUGUUUGAUUUCAUUGUUUAUCAAUUAUUGAAAAAUGGUGAUUAUGAUUUCAUUCAAUCAAUACUCAGUGUCACUUUAAAGGUACAUGGUUAUUUAUUAUAUGAUACCACUUUCAAAAGAGAUCUCAGACAAUUAUUAUUAGUAUUUAAUGAACCUUGGUUUAAAAUGCAAAAACUUUUCCAUUCAAAUAUUUGCAUGCUUAGAUAUUUCACAAAUACUUUAAAUAAUUAA